UUCCCUCUCAAUUCACUCUCAGCUAACACCCCAAAUCCCAUUUUCCCCCCCUCUCUCUCUGAGUUUUUUCCUCUUUCACACUGAACACUUGCACAGUGAGAAAAUGGCAGUGAAUUGGACAGUCUUCUGCAUUGCUAGUCUUCUCUUCUGUUUUCUGACAGCCGUUAACGGAAGGAUCCCCGGCAAUUACGCUGGUGGCCCCUGGCAAAGUGCCCACGCCACCUUCUAUGGUGGCUCUGAUGCCUCUGGCACCAUGGGUGGAGCUUGUGGCUAUGGAAAUUUGUACAGUCAGGGCUAUGGAGUAAACAACGCAGCACUAAGUACAGCUCUUUUCAACAAUGGCCUGACUUGUGGUGCUUGCUUUGAGAUAAAAUGUACUAACUCUAAGGAAUAUUGCACCCCUGGAAACCCUUCCAUUUUUGUAACUGGUACUAAUUUCUGCCCACCAAACUUCGCUUUGCCUAACGACAAUGGAGGAUGGUGCAAUCCACCUAGGUCCCAUUUCGACCUUGCCAUGCCAAUGUACCUCAAAAUUGCUGUCUACCGUUCUGGUAUUGUUCCUGUUAAUUACAGAAGGGUUCCAUGCAAAAAACAAGGAGGAAUCAGAUUCACACUCAAUGGUUUCAAUUACUUCAACUUGGUAUUAGUGACCAAUGUUGCUGGUGCAGGUGAUGUUCAGAAGGUUUAUGUUAAAGGUACAAAGACUAACUGGAUCGCAUUGAAUCGCAAUUGGGGUCAAAAUUGGCAAACAAAUGCAAUGCUUGUUGGACAAGCCCUUUCAUUUAGAGUCACUACCAGUGACCGUCGCAGCUCUGCUUCUUACAACAUUGCACCAGCUAACUGGAAAUUUGGCCAGACGUUCGAGGGAAAGAAUUUCCGCGUUUAAGUUCACCAAAAAAAGAAAAAGUGUUACACUGACCGAAAAAAGGAAAAUUUAUACGAUUUCCUGCCUUCAAUUGUUCUCUCUUUUAACUGGGAAAAUUUGAAGUAUCGCGGGGAUUAGUUUCUUUUUCUUUUUAUUACUUGUUGGUUUUAAUGUAUUUUUGCUUUUUUACCUUUAUGUGAUGUAAGUGUGUGUUGUUAAAAGGUGAAGUGAAAAGUUAUAGAGGCUGAAGUGGCUACAAAAUGACCAAAUUUAGGGGAAACUUGUAGCCCGCAGCUUUAUUUGCAUAUUGUUUACUGAUGUAAUGGCAAAUUACUUGCCUAAGUUUAUGAAUAUAAAUAUUUUUAUACUGCAA